CGUGCUAUGACCACCUCCCUGGUCCUGAAUCCUCGCUGGGCGGACACGGUUAUGUUUGUGUAUGAAAACAACUUGGAUGAGCUGAAGAACAUGGAGGGUCUGGUUGGAAGCGGCAAUUUUGCGGCCAACCAGUGCAGGAAUCUGAUGGCCCACUCGGCUCUGAGUGGCCACCCGUCCAGCCUCGUCCACGGCUCCAGCUAUCCCUCCGUGGACGUAUCGACCUCAGGUUCCACAGAGUCGGGCAAGCAGUGCGCACCUUGCCCGACGGUUCCUCAGGCCUCGUCCACCGGUCCCAUCCCGUACGGCUAUUUUGGCAACAGCUAUUAUCCUUGCAGAAUGGGGCGGGGUUCCCUCAAGUCCUGCACGCAGCCGAGCGCGCUCAGCUACACUGCGGAGAAAUACAUGGAUACCCCGGUCACAUCCGAAGAAUAUCCUAGCAGGGCUAAAGAGUUCGCCUUUUACCACAGCUACCCCAGUCCCUACCAGUCCAUGGCCAGCUAUUUGGACGUGUCGGUGGUACAGACGCUCGGAAGCGGAGAGCCGCGACACGACAGUCUCCUGCCUAUGGAUAGCUACCAACCCUGGGCUCUGGCGAACGGAUGGGGCAGUCAGAUGUAUUGUUCCAAGGACCAGAGCCAGGCGGGCCAUCUCUGGAAGUCUGCGUUAGCAGAUGUCGUGGCCCACCAACAUGACGGGGGCUCAUUCCGUCGAGGUAGAAAGAAGCGGAUACCGUACACAAAAGUACAGCUCAAGGAACUGGAGAAAGAAUACGCGGCCAACAAAUUCAUCACAAAGGACAAGAGGAGAAAGAUUUCGGCGGUAACCAACUUGUCCGAGCGUCAGAUCACUAUCUGGUUUCAAAACAGGAGGGUUAAGGAAAAGAAAUUCAUCGCCAAAGUUAAGAACAGCGCGCCGUAGCGCAGAGCCCAAUCUUUGUUUUUCUCGGUGACUUGAAAUACAGAGAAGCAAAAAGUCGUCGCGAGGACUUUUCUUGGACUGGAACUGAAUGUUCUCUUUGCCCAGCGCAUUUACACCAAACAAAUAAAAGGAUGGACUCGAAAAAUGAAUAAUCUAAAUGAAAUGGAAAAAAAAAACGUGGAAGGACAAUAUAGCUUGUAAAUUACGCACGUGCCUGCCUACAUGUAACUGUGUUCGUUUAAAGUCUCUCUGUCCUCUUUAGCUUGCAUUUAAUGUUAGGUACGUCAGUGUCGUUGCUGUUGUUGUUGUAUUAGUCGUGUAGCUUAUUACCCAAUAUCUGUCAGUACUUAUAUACUAUGUUUAUAUCGCUUGUAAAACACAA